AAUAAAUACGAGAAAAGAAAAGGAAAAAUCUAAAACCCAAAUCGUGAGCCACUCGCCAGCAGAUACCACUGCGAAGCAGUCUCAUGGCGAAAACCUGAGGGAGGGAAAAUAGAAAAAGCAAAUCGGGAAGUGAAAUAAAAUAUAAUAGAAAUGGUCUCAAUAUCAACGUGCUUCAGUUUAUCUCCCAAUUCCUCCCAAUCAGGCUUCAUAUCGAGACCCUCAAUUCAUCUGAAACCUCUCUAUUCUGUUCCUAGAAUCCGAACACUGCAUUUUCCCGGAAUUACCAGGAAAGUUCCUAGCUCUAGGGUUCUGGUGAGGGCUAGCAUCGAUGCAGUUAGCGCAGUUAGGCCUGGAGGCUCUGUGGAGAGUGAUAAAUUGCCGUCAGACGUGCGAAAACGAGCGAUGGAUGCGGUCGAUGAGUGCGGAGGGAGGGUUACGAUUGGGGACGUGGCUAGCAAAGCCGGACUUAAGCUCAACGAAGCUCAGCGAGCACUGCAGGCUCUGGCUGCCGAUACUGAUGGCUUCUUGGAGGUCUCAGAUGAAGGUGAUGUCCUUUAUGUUUUCCCAAAGGACUAUCGUGCAAAGCUUACUGCCAAGUCAUUUAGGAUGAAAAUUGAACCCUUGUUUGAAAAGACAAAGGCUGUUGCAGAGUAUUUAAAUGACCCUCAUUGCGAUUAUGUAUAUUUGCAGAUCGGAAAUUAUAUUGCUUCUAAUGGUGGUGUUGUUACAGCGGAAGAACUUGCCCCUUAUCUUGAUGUUCAAACUACACAGGGAUCUCUGACAGAUGAAUCAUACAUCUUACCUGUUCUUCUACGGUUUGACGGACAGCCAGAAAUAGAUGAAGAGGGGAAUAUUUUGUACAUAUUUCCAUCACUACAGCGCACAGCUUCAUCUCAGAGAAGUGGAAGAAAGGAAUAUGUUGGUAGGAGAUGGGCUGAUUGGGUAGUAGGGGUUGAGAAGUUUUUCCAAGAGAAAAAAUGGGAAUUCAGUAAAACUAGCAUGAACGAGAGAGCCAUGGUCGUUGGCUUGGGCGGGGUUAAUCUCUUUGUUGUCAUUCUUGGAGCCAUGUUAAAGGAUGUUGCUGUUGCACCAAGUGGAUUUAUUAAAUUUGUUGCUGAAAUAUUUCCUCUGCUUCAGAUCUAUGCUGGUUCGUUCUUUGCAAUUCCAUUGAUUCGUUGGUUCAUUAACCGGAAGAGAAAUGCUGAUAUAGAGAAGAGAAAUCAAGCAAGGGAACAGUUUGCUCGAGCGCUUGAAUUGCCAGAUCUUUCCUUAAGGCGUAAGCUUCUUUGUGCUCGGGAUAUGGCCCAAAGAACUGUCAUAGGACAGGAUCGGAUUGUCUAUAGUACUGAAAAGGACUUGGUUGAGCAAGAUUAUGAGGCCAGAGACUGGGACAGGAAAUUCCGGGAGAUUGAGAAGUCAGAUUAAGAAGCUGCAGCUACUUGUUUCAGGGACAUGAACGCGCAAAAUUGCCCUCUGAGUGCAUCAGGGCAUCACUACAGGCUACUUUAGGCAAAGGUCUCUUAACCAGCUCACCUCGGAGUUUUUUGAGGUAGUGUUGGUUAAAGCCAGCAUUCAUUCGGUAAGGACUUGCAGCAUUCAUUCAAAGGUCUGAGGAUAAAUCUCAAAUUGCCUUCUUUUGCCUCCCAGGGAAUCCAAGCACGGUAUGUCCCAUGUCUCCAUCCACCAUAAUUUAUCUUUCUUUUGUAAUAUCUUUUAGGACUCUGGGAUGGGUACAAGUUUUAACCAUGCGCCAAAACUGCAUUGUGAAAGGAGAUCGAAAGAACAGACUGUUGUAUGCCUAACAAAUUGCAUUAUAGUUCAAACAUAUACUAACCAUUGUACAAGUUAAGAGUUAUCAUACUAAAUGCCGAUUCAUAGUUCUCCA